AUUUUUCUCUCAACGCUCUCUACUCUCUGUCUCUCUCUCUCUAUAUCGUCCUUCUCUGCUCCGCUCUGUGCAAAAGAGAAAAAGAGAGGCGCGGGUUGGAAGGCGGUAGCGAUCGCAAGUGAGCGGAAAAGGGGGCACAUGCUAUAUCUUCGGUCCUUGUGUAGUCCAUCACCUGACCUACAUCGAUUUCUAGGGUUUCUUCGUAGUCUCAGCCGUCAAUCUAUUCUCCCGCACCGAUCUGCUUUCCUAAGGUGCUCCGGCGCCGGAGGAUCUUCGAAAUCUCAACUCGCUGUCCCGUGGAUGUGAGAUCUCUGGUUUUCUUGCCUCGGGAUGGCGUCUUCUGAAGCUUCAGGGAAGACCAGUGGCGGAAAUGGCCACGGAGAUAGCCUCUCCUCGUCCUGCACAGAUCGUCUGCCCACUGGGAAAGAGACGGAGGAAUCGCUCUACAACGAGCUCUGGCAUGCUUGCGCCGGCCCGCUUGUUACGGUCCCGCGCCUGGGGGAGCGGGUGUUCUACUUCCCUCAGGGACAUAUAGAGCAGGUGGAGGCAUCGACUAACCAGGUGGCCGACCACCAGAUGCCGGUGUACAACCUUCCCUCCAAGAUACUCUGCCGUGUGAUGAACCUUGAGUUGAAGGCUGAGCUUGAUACUGAUGAGGUUUAUGCUCAGAUAACGCUAUUCCCUGAGCCAAAUCAAAAUGAGCAGGCCCUUGAGAAGGAUCCCCUGCUGUCACCUCCAGCAAAGCCUCAUUCCCAUUCAUUUUGCAAAACUCUGACUGCUUCUGAUACGAGUACACAUGGAGGGUUUUCAGUUCUGAGGCGGCAUGCCGAUGAGUGUCUUCCUCCACUAGACAUGGGAAGGCAGCCUCCAACGCAGGAGCUUGUGGCAAAGGAUUUACAUGGAGUUGAGUGGCGCUUCCGCCAUAUUUUCCGAGGUCAACCAAGAAGGCAUCUACUUCAAAGCGGGUGGAGUGUCUUUGUAAGUUCUAAGAGGCUUGUUGCUGGUGAUGCUUUUAUUUUUCUGAGGGGAGCAAAUGGAGAACUCCGCGUAGGUGUGAGAAGAGCAAUGAGGCAGCAGACCAACAUACCAUCCUCAGUCAUAUCUAGCCAUAGCAUGCAUCUUGGCGUCCUUGCUACUGCUUGGCAUGCUAUUUCCACAGGAACUUUGUUUACCGUGUACUACAAACCGAGGACAAGCCCUUCUGAGUUCAUCAUUCCAUGUACUCAGUACAUGGAAUCUCUCAAGAACAACCAUUCAAUUGGGAUGAGGUUCAAAAUGAGGUUUGAAGGUGAAGAGGCCCCUGAGCAAAGGUUCACCGGUACGAUAGUUGGAAUGGGAGAUGUUGAUUCUAAUUGUUGGCCUGGUUCAAAAUGGAGAUGCCUAAAGGUACGCUGGGAUGAAAAUUCUUCUGUUCCUCGUCCUGAGAGAGUUUCCCCCUGGCAAAUUGAACCUGCUUUGACCCCUCCGGUGAACCCUCUUCCUGUUCCAAGGCCCAAAAGACCUCGGGUGAAUGUGAUCCCCACAUCUCCUGAUUCUUCUGUCCUUACCAGAGAAGGGACAUCUAAAGUGGCUGCAGACCCUUCCCUGGCACAAGGAAUUGCAAUGGAAGUGCAAGGAAAAGACGUUACAAGCACUAGAAAAAACUUCUCUGAGAGUAACUUGUCUGAAUCUGUUUCAAAAUCUAUUAUUUGGCCUGCAAGUCAUGUUGAAGAGAAACACCUUGGUUCUUCCCAGAAAAUGUUGGGUUUAGAUAGUUGGAUCCAAGUCAGUAUGCAUGAACCUUCUUAUACUGACAUGCUAUCUGGAUUGCAGACUCCUGAUGACCUGCAUCACUUUGGUAUGCCAUACUUUGAACAUACAUCUGCUGAUGCAAAGAUCCUGAAGAAUUGUCUCUCCAGUCAGAAAUGUGAACUCAACUGGCUUUCAGGAAAUUUGUCUUUAAUGCCAUCUCAUGCAUACUUAAAUCUUGAAGGAAAUAUGUCAACUAAUACAACUGAGAUAACUAAUCAUAGAAAUCAAAAUGAUGGAUUUUACCGGCUCGAAGGGCACCCAGUGAUACAUGGACUUGGUCCUGAUCAUAAGCCUCACACCUGUUUUACAAAUCACCUGAAAACCCCAUUAGCUGAAAACUUAUUCCAGGCAUGCUCACCAAAGCCACAGCCUUCCAAGGCAUCCCUCAUUGAAAAUGAAAGGGCUAAAGAAAGUUGCAAGCUCUUUGGGGUUCAUCUUAAUGGCAAUCUCGCCUCAGAACCUGUAAUACCGAAGGUCAAUAUGCAUCAAAUACAAGAAUUUCUUGGUCAGCCUGCUGUUGGAUUGCCUCAACCAUAUCUUCCUGAAUCUGACCAACUUUCAGAGCAGUCUAAAGGUGGAAAGUCAAUUGAUGCUACCUUAGCAGAGAAAUGCCAUCAAUCACGACCUUCUAAAGAUGUACAAAGCAAGCCUUCUCCCACUGCUUCAACGAGAAGCUGCACUAAGGUUCAUAAGCAGGGCAUAGCUCUUGGGAGGUCAGUGGAUCUCACCAGAUUCAGCAGCUACAUUGAACUAAUUGCAGAGUUAGAUAAGAUGUUCGACUUUGGGGGUGAAUUGAAAUCUUCGAAUAAAAACUGGAUGAUUGUUUAUACAGACAACGAGGGUGAUAUGAUGCUGGCUGGUGAUGAUCCAUGGCAGGAGUUCUGUAGCAUGGUUCGCAAGAUUUACAUAUACACUAAAGAGGAGGUUCAGAAGAUGAACCCUGGAACACUCAACCCAGUAGCUGAUGACAAAUUGCCUUCGCUGAAGGAUAAUAACAUGGCUGAAAGGGAAUCUAAGACUUCUCUGCCAACUUCAGAAACUACUGGGCGAAGUGAUAAAACUGUUUCCUAGAUAAUGCAGUGUUGUAAGAGUGGACGUGCAAAGGAUCCAUAUGCCUAAAAGAAAACUUGGUAUCCUUUUACUCUCUGCAGGUGGCCUAUAUUAUGGUUGACUUUGUGGUAAUCUGUUUAAGUCGGGUAAAAUUAUGGAAUAGUGACCCUUAUCUUUGCGGUAGGGUUCCUCCUCCCUUAUUUAAAAUGCAGUUUUGGGUUUAGCUUUGUCUACUACUACUAGCUUGAUUUGUGAGUCAUGUAAAUAAGUCUCUUCUUUGUGCUUUGUAGAAGGUUAAUUGCUGUGUUAUAGCUAUUGAUUACCUUCACAACCAUGUAAAUAGCGCAUCUCUCAAAUAUAUAAAUAUAUUAUUAGGUUUCCUACUUUGCUAACAACAUUUUUAGCACUGUAAGGCCAAGAAGAGCAGGUGGUCGGAUAUGUUGCUUUUUUCAGUAGGGUUAUUUUGAUUAGAAUCAAUCUAAAGUGCAAGUUUAAUAUGAUUUGCUUAGCACAUAAUUUGAUAAACACAAUUAUAUUUCAAGAUCUUAUCUGGUUCUCUGCA